CUCACGGAUCGCGUUCCCGUUGUAACUGGAGCUGAGGAUGUUAAGAAUUUCGCCACCUGCGGCGCUGGCGUGCUUUAUCUCCGGUAUCCAUCUGUCCCGUGGAUUUAUGCGUUCCGUGAUAGAAAUGGAUGACAUCAGAGAUUCUGCUUCACAAGCAUCUCAAAUAGAUGAAAAUAAAAAACAAACCACAGAAUCCGCAAUAGAAAUAGCAUCUUUUGCUUCCCCAAUUAUAGAUGAGAGUAAAAUUUUCAGGCUCACAAGAAAAUUUGUUAGAAUUGAAUAUCCUGGUAUUGUUAAGAACGUUCCUAAAGCGUUAGAAACAUUAGGUGGAAUAUAUAAUGUUGAAACGGCUUUCAAUGAUUCUAAAAAGAAACUAGAGCUAAGAUUUCAUCCUGAAAAUAGAUUUAAUAAGCCUUGCUUGGCUGAUGAAGACUUAAAUCCUGGGCUAGUUUUAGAAGUUACUAAAAAGGGAGAAAAACUUGAUUAUAAUAUAAUUGGUUAUACUUGUCUAAAUUUUAAAUUUAACAAAGCGGUCGAUUUUCAGUUUCUACCAUUAACACAGGAUACUAAGUCUGAUAAAGUUGAUUAUGUACAUGAUAAGAUUUUUCUCAAAAAGUUACCAACUUUUGAGUUCUUACUCUCUAAAGAGAGUGCAUCGCAAUCUAUAUUACUUCUUCCUUCAAACUUCUCAAGAUACGAAAUUGUUCAUCAGACUUUGUAUCUAAAUGCCAAUGAAAAAUUUAAUUUGGACCAAAACGAAAGGCCUGAAUUGUUCCAAAUGUUUCAUCAGAAAAAACCUAAGGAGAAAUACAAAUACAGACAAAUAUCUUACUUGUUGAGCAUCAAUGAUCCAAAUUUGGAGAUUCCCACAGGUCCUAAUCCUACAGCAAUAAAAUUGGUAAAAGACAGACUUUUAGAUGACUCUUUCAAACGAGCCAAAAAGCUGUUUGAAGAACGUCCCAUGUGGUCAAAGGCAGCCAUCCAACAUAAAACUGGCAUUUUGGCAGAGUCUUUAAAAGUCAUUUUGCCAGCAGUCUCGUAUUUUUGGACAAACGGACCUUGGAGAAUGAUUUGGACGAAAUUUGGUGUCGAUCCAAGGUACGAUUUCAAUAUGAGGAUUUAUCAAACAUUGGAUUUUCGAAUCAGAGCCAGAGAGGGUACAAAAAUCAAAGUCAAAGCUAAAAGGAGGUACGCAAAUAAAUUCCCGCAGACGGACAGAUUGCAGACGGCAAAAGUGGGUUUGGUUAUAGAUGAGAGUCACUACAUGUUGACGCCUGACAUGAUACCCCCGGCUAGGCAAAUGUUCUACCAGUACUGCAACAUAGAAAUACCGGAAAUUCAAGAUAUGCUCCAGAGGUUGCCGAAAACGCAAGGGAAUCAAAAAUUCGACCCUAAAACUGGUUGGUUGCCACUCAAUUUUUCAGAGCAGUGUCGAGAAAUCGCCAAUAGGUACGUUAUGGAGCGGGUGCGUCAAGAAUUGAUGGAGGAUAGUCUUAAAUCGCAAUCUAAGCUUCGUUCGAGUCCUGAAAAGGAUACCGAUGAAGAAUCCUUGGCGGAUCACGAAAAUCCUUUGAGUUAUUCGAGCAGCAUGCUGGACAAAAUGAAAAAGGGGUUCAGAAGAAAUCUAGGCGGUCAAAGAGGCGGAGACUUCGAGAAAACUGUCGUUUUGACCGAUGAUGAGAGCGGAGAUGAAAUGGAACAAGUAGAUAUGGAAGAGAUUGUACAAUCAAUUCCUGAUAGUAUAGAAAAUUCAGAUGGAGAACAGUUAUCGGAUGACUCGGAAAUGGAACUUGACAUGGAAGCUGUUGAAGAAAUAAAUCAAUUGAUAUCUCAUAAUAAAAACUAAAUAAACUAUUUGUGUAUAACUCAUAAAAACUAACUCACAAACGGUG